AUGUCUACUUAUUUUAAUCUAAAGGCACACAUCACUCCAAACUCAUUCCUAACAUGUGCCUUCGCUGGUGCCGGAAGCGGGAAAGGCAGCAAUGCCAGCAUACUAUCAAGGACCUCGACGCUCGUAUAUUUUAUAUCAGGAAACCCAGGGCUGAUAUCCUACUACCAUCUCUUCUUCUCCCUGCUUUCAUCAGAGCUGUCUUCUCAGCCCAAUGGCUCCUAUAUCAUCCGCGGUAGAAGUCUAGGUGGCUUUGAAGUCCCUGACCCUCAAUCAAAAACGGUCGAGCAACAGCAGGAAGAUAGUAAGAAGUCGCCUACUCGCCUCUACAGCCUCGGAGAUCAAAUCGCUUUCAUGGAGCGGGAUUUAGAAGAGUUCGUUCGUGCAUGGCAAGAUGCUGUUCAAGCUGAGCAUGCAUUGGAAGAAAGACCUAGAGCGAACGUUAUUGUCAUGGGCCACUCGGUUGGAGCUUACAUCGCCAUGGAAAUCAUGAGACGAAGAAGAGAGAAAGCAGGUCUUCAGAAGAGGAUGGGUAUGAGUGACGGAGUACUUGAGCAAACUGCCUCUGUGGAAGGAGAUAGGCUUGGUCUUGAUAUCAUCGGCGGUAUCAUGCUAUUUCCUACUGUUGUGGACAUUGCGAAAUCUCCUAAUGGGAGGGUAUUGACGAAACUACUCUAUAUCCCAUAUCUCCCUCUCCUUGUUAGCAUGCUUGCGGGGUUCCUGGUUUGUAUAUUGCCGGAAUUGGUAUUAUAUCGCAUUGUCAGCUAUGUUAUGAGGAAUCCCCGAAAGGAGGCUGUAGAAACUACCGUCUCAAUGCUGAAGAAUGCGCCUAUUGUGAGGCAAGCUCUGCACAUGGCGGCAGAUGAAAUGCGUGAAAUAUCUGCUGAUAAAUGGAGUGAUGAGCUAUGGGGGUUUGGCAGUCCUACCAACACGCCGAAAGAUAGGCUUACGAAGAUGAUAUUUUAUUUUGGCCGGAAUGACCAUUGGGUAGCUGAAACGACCAGAGAGGAGAUCAUCCAGUCUAAGACAAAGGCCAAACAAAGUGCUCCUGGCCCAGUUCUGACAGUAUGUGAAGAUGGGGUUGUGCAUGGCUUUUGUAUAGGCCAUAGUGAGAUAAUGGCGAAUAAAGUUGGCAAGUUCAUCAAAGACAUAGUUAGGGGAUCUGAGUUAGAUAAUUAA